AUGCUUUCAUCUGGUAAAAAAACGGAGCCUCAAGCUCCUUCGGAAGAAAAUGAUCUUUUGAGAAUCAGACCAUUAGGAGCUGGACAAGAAGUUGGGAGAUCAUGUAUAAUGCUAGAAUUUAAAGGAAAAAAUGUGAUGCUUGAUUGUGGUAUUCAUCCUGGAUUGUCAGGAUUAGAUGCUCUUCCAUUUGUAGAUUUAAUUGAAGCUGACGAAAUAGAUUUACUUUUAGUUACACAUUUUCACUUGGAUCAUUCUGGUGCACUUCCAUGGUUUCUGUUAAAAACUAAGUUUAAAGGUAGAUGUUUCAUGACCCAUGCAACAAAAGCUAUUUAUAGAUGGUUGCUAUCCGAUUAUAUUAAAGUUAGCAACAUCUCGACGGAGCAAAUGCUGUACACCGAUCAUGAUUUAGAAGAAUCGAUGGAAAAAAUUGAAACGAUAAAUUUUCAUGAGGAAAAAGAAAUAUUUGGAAUUAAAUUUUGGGCCUAUCAUGCUGGACAUGUAUUAGGCGCUGCUAUGUUUAUGAUAGAAAUUGCUGGGGUUAGGGUUUUGUAUACGGGAGAUUUUUCAAGACAAGAAGAUAGGCAUUUAAUGGCUGCAGAAAUUCCUAGCAUAAAACCUGAUGUAUUGAUAACUGAAUCUACAUAUGGUACUCAUAUUCAUGAAAAAAGAGAAGAGAGAGAAACAAGGUUUACAAAUUUAAUUCAUACAAUCAUAAAUAGAGGUGGUAGAUGUCUUAUUCCCGUGUUUGCACUAGGAAGAGCUCAAGAACUUUUGUUAAUAUUAGAUGAUUAUUGGAGUCAGCACCCUGAACUUCAUGAUAUACCCAUUUAUUAUGCUUCUUCUUUAGCGAAAAAAUGUAUGGCGGUAUAUCAAACAUAUGUGAAUGCAAUGAAUGAUAAAAUAAGAAGGCAAAUUGCAAUCAACAAUCCGUUUAUAUUCAGACACAUUCACAAUUUAAAGGGAAUCGACCAUUUUGACGACAUAGGUCCAUGCGUAGUUAUGGCAUCUCCUGGAAUGAUGCAAAGUGGAUUAUCAAGAGAGUUAUUUGAACUUUGGUGUACCGAUUCGAAAAAUGGCGUCAUCAUUGCAGGUUACUGUGUGGAGGGUACCCUAGCCAAACAGAUUUUAUCAGAACCAGAAGAAAUAGUGACACUAAGCGGUCAAAAAUUGCCUUUAAAAAUGUCUGUCGAUUAUAUUUCAUUUUCUGCUCAUACAGAUUAUAAACAAACGAGUGAAUUUGUGAGAGCAUUGAAACCACCCCAUGUCGUUCUGGUACACGGGGAACAAAACGAAAUGAAUCGUUUAAAAGCAGCUUUAAAGAGAGAAUAUGAAGAUGAUCCGAAUACUUCGAUCGAAAUACAUAAUCCUAGGAAUACAACAGCCGUUGAAUUAUAUUUUCGGGGAGAGAAGACUGUAAAGGUUAUGGGAGCUUUAGCAAUGCAAAAACCUCAACCUGGAGACAAAGUUUCUGGAAUAUUAGUGAAAAGAAAUUUCAAUUAUCACCUGUUAGCUCCAUUCGAUGUGCCAAAAUACACCGACAUGACGAUUACUAAAGUUACCGAAAGGGUAUCCGUUUAUUACUCGGGACAAGUUAGCAUUUUAAAAUAUUUAUUAAAUCAAUCCUGCGGCCCAGUCGAAGUCGUGGAUGAAAAAAAAUUAAAAAUUUUCAAAACGAUAAACGUAAACAUAGAUAAUAAAAUAAUUACUUUAGAGUGGGUUGCGAGUCCCGUUAACGACAUGUACGCCAAUGCGAUCGUUUCCACCAUUCUUCAAGCUGACAGCCUGCAGGACGAUUCCAAAAAGAACGUUCCCAUACCCUCGGCAAAAAUGGAUCUUAUGCAUUUUAAAGAAUGCCUGAUAGAAAUGCUACAGGAAAUGUUCGGUGAAGAUUCCGUACCGAAAAUAUUCAAAGGCGAAAAAUUAUACGUGACGGUCGAUGGGAAAAAAGCAAACGUCGACUUUUCAAAAUUGACUGUUGUUUGCGAAGAAGAUCCUGUUUUUCAACAAAUGGUACAAACGGCAGUCACGAAAUUAUAUCAAUCUUUAUCACCGCCCAAAGUCGAUGAAGGUUUAAAAUAA